CACUCGCAUUUCUCAUUUCUUACUUCUAGUCUAAAUUAGAUAGCGAGACGCGGUGCCGGAGCUCACACAUCGCAUAGAAUUAGUUUGAAGUGCUAGAGCUAGUAAAACAGUCAAUCUGAAAUUCAACAUGGACUCCCCUCCAGAUCCAGCGAGCGACCCGGGCAACAGCGCCUCGGAGCCGGCUACCCCGGUCAGGGAAACCCCGGUAAACCUGGAGACUCUCCGGAAAGCGGACCAUCCAGCCCCGGUUCGAAGGCAGACCUGUUCGAGCACCAACAGAGGUAUCUCAGUUACAAAGAAGACACAUACCUCUCAAAUCGAAAUAAUUCCCUGCAAGAUCUGUGGAGACAAAUCAUCAGGCAUCCAUUACGGGGUGAUAACAUGUGAAGGCUGUAAGGGCUUUUUCAGGAGGAGUCAGCAGAGCAAUGCAGCCUACUCCUGCCCCCGUCAGAAGAACUGCCUGAUCGACCGCACCAGCCGCAACCGCUGCCAGCACUGCCGGCUGCAGAAGUGCCUGGCAGUGGGCAUGUCCAGAGAUGCGGUGAAGUUUGGCCGUAUGUCAAAGAAGCAGCGAGACAGCCUGUACGCUGAGGUCCAGAAGCAUCGGCUGCAGCAGCAGCAGCGCGACCACCAACAACAGCCCGGAGAGGCAGAGCCGCUCACACCCAGCUACGGCCUCUCAGCCAACGGUCUCACAGAGCUCCAUGAUGACCUCAGCGGCUACAUGGACGGUCACACCCCUGAUGGCAGCAAACCAGACUCGGCGGUCAGCAGCUUCUAUCUAGACAUCCAGCCAUCUCCUGACCAGUCAGGCCUGGACAUCAACGGCAUCAAGCCGGAGCCCAUCUGCGACUUUGCCCCCGGCUCUGGCUUCUUCCCUUACUGCUCCUUCACCAAUGGAGAAACGUCCCCCACCGUGUCCAUGGCUGAACUAGAGCACCUGGCUCAGAACAUCUCUAAAUCACACAUGGAGACAUGUCAGUACCUAAGGGAGGAGCUGCAGCAGAUGACCUGGCAGGCCUUCCUGCAGGAGGAGGUGGAAAGCUACCAGAACAAGCCCCGGGAAGUCAUGUGGCAGCUGUGUGCUAUCAAAAUAACAGAGGCCAUUCAGUAUGUGGUGGAGUUCGCCAAGCGCAUCGACGGCUUCAUGGAGCUGUGUCAGAAUGAUCAGAUAGUGCUGCUGAAAGCAGGCUCUUUGGAAGUUGUGUUUGUCAGAAUGUGCCGUGCCUUUGACUCGCAAAACAACACAGUCUAUUUUGAUGGAAAGUAUGCCGGACCUGAUGUGUUCAAGUCAUUAGGCUGUGACGACUUGAUCAGCUCCGUCUUCGAGUUUGGGAAAAACUUGUGUUCUAUGCACCUGUCUGAGGAUGAGAUCGCCCUGUUCUCCGCCUUUGUGUUGAUGUCUGCUGACCGGUCUUGGCUUCAGGAGAAAGUGAAGGUGGAGAAACUCCAGCAGAAAAUCCAGCUGGCGCUCCAGCAUGUCCUGCAGAAGAACCACAGAGAGGAUGGUAUACUUACAAAGUUGAUAUGCAAAGUGUCGACACUGCGAGCGCUGUGCAGUAGGCAUACAGAGAAGCUAACAGCUUUCAAAGCAAUAUACCCAGACAUUGUGCGUGCCCACUUCCCCCCCUUAUACAAGGAGCUGUUCGGAUCAGACUUUGAGCAGUCCAUGCCCGUUGACGGGUAGCAGCCCUGCCAGGUGCCAGUGUGCCCACCGUAGGGGAAUGUGGAGGAGGAAUCUGAGACACUUUAUUGGUGCCCUGCACAAACCAGAGCGGACAGAUGGCACGCUGUUCUUCUUUUACAUCAGAGGGGAGGGCUUAGGGAGUUGAUCCUCAAGGUUUACUUUGUUGAAUUUAGUUCUCGUUGGAAGACUUGUGGGACCCAACACCCCAUUGGACAUGGAAAGGAGAUAGGGACUAAUGAUUUGUGACUGGCUGAACUUGACCCUCUUUUGUGCAUUUUAAGGAUAAAUUAUGUGAUUUACUUUUUCCAUUUGUUUACUGUCAACAAAAUAAUUGCACCCUCAUCGUUAUGAUUAUAAUAUGACUCAUAAUUGUCUAAAGGAAGCAUGAAUCAGUUUUGGAUUAAGAAUAACUAUCAGUAUUAUUCAUCAGGCCAUUAUUUAAAAACAUUUUCCUAUCAAAAUUAAUAGAUUGGCUUUUCCCCUUUCUGCUUCAUGCAUCUACCCUCCAUAAUCAUAAAUGCGCAAAUUUUGCUCAAGUUCAGCCAUGUUUUUUCCUCUUGUGUUCAGCCGUAUCUUUUGGACAAAGUUCUUGGAAUUGAAACUCACAGCGACUUUGAGGGAGGGUCUAUCGGCAUGGGGAUGCAAUCGGCACCUCUCUAUGGACAAUCGUUUUAAAAAAGUUUUAAAAAAGAAACAUAGAAUUCUGGUAAUUCUAAUGAAAACGCAAUGAUUUUAGCUGUCAAAGACUCCAUCCACCAUUGUUGCAUAGUGAAAUCAUGUAAGGCCAUCUGCUAUUAAUCCUUCUCUGGACAGGUGCCCUGGAGAAGCACAGGGCACCAACACAAUGAAAAGGGUCCAUUCCACCUGUUUUAUAAUGUACUACAGGGUAUAUGGUCAUAAGUACUUACUAUACAGAAAAAAAGUAAUGUUUAUAGAAUCUAUUUUAAAUAACAUGUAUGAUAUUAGUAGUUAGACCAUUCUUAAUUGUUGAAUUGAUAAGGCACUUUUAUUUACACCUUUCUUUAAUUUAAGACUUGUAUAUUUACCUAGUGAUGUGUUGCAUGUGCACAAGAAAUACAAGUUGAACCAUGGUCACAGAGGCUAGUCCUGGGAGCUGCAGAUGAUACUGGUCUGUGAAGUGUAAGGGCUGUCUGUAAGGACUGCUGGCUGGCUGGUGAACAAAAGAGGCUCAGAUGAGAAGGCAGGUUAGAGACACUCUAAUACAUUGUUACCUCAACAACACCUGUCAAAAUGUAGCUCUGAUUCUCCUUAAAGGGAGUAUGCACUCACAUACACCAUGAUUCUUUACGUUCAUGAUCAAGCCUAGGUGUUGUACGGUGACACUUGCAAUAUUUCUUUAAUUAUACUGUUGUUUGGUACUGAUUUAACUGUGAAAACCUCACAUGUAAUGUAAAAAAAGGCGCAUCCACUUCACAUCUGAAUAUCCUUUUGGUUCAAAACCCAUGUAGACUAUAAUCCAACUCUUCCAUCUAGUGGAAGGUAGGAGGUACAGCAGGCAAGCGUAACAACAAAGACACAACCCUAAAAGCACAUUCAUGAGCCUCUGUCAAAAUGUUAUUUUAGUGUUUUUUUUGUUGUUGUUUCUGAGCGACUUUACCGCCUUCUCAGCACAGCCUCAGCCCAGCGACGCCACUACAGGGCACAGAAGGAACAGUGAAGGGAAAAGUGAAUAUUCAAAGCCUUGUCUGGUAGUAAAGUUUCUAUUUUUGUAACACGUUUUGGUUAAUAAACUCAUGAAAGAGAAGGAGGGAGAGAAAAAGAUGUCAGGUAGCACUUAACUAUAUUCCCGCAAUAAUUAGACUAGCCGUUGUUUGUAUGAUUAGGGGAGGAACAUAAAAAUGGUAGGACAAGUGCUAUUUUCAGAAUGCUUUGUUGUUGUGUUUCUGUUUUUGUUGAGUGUGUCUUUCUUGUCAGUGUGGUAGUCAAGUGGUUUAAAAAAAAAAAAAGAAAAACCCUUGUUGUGCCAAACAGUAGUCGUUGCUUCUGCUUUCCAGUCUACUCGUCUAUAAUGUAGAAUGGAUACCUAAGACAUUCCAGCAAUCUCAGUAGCGGCUUCUUUAAAAAAAACAAAAAAAAACAAAAACAAAAACAAAAAAAGAAAAAAACUAUAUCCCUUUAGAAACCCAACAAAGCAUGUUAAUACAUCUGUCACUGACCCCUAACAUUGAAUCCAGCUGUUUGUCUUUUGUUUUGUUUGCACACGAUCAUUCCUCUGCUGUGCAAUUUGUACAAGGCGUUGAUGCCUUGUGCUGUCACCCCUCAGGGAAGAGUUUCUUUUGCGCUUUCUGUUCGAGAGGACAUUUGUUUGUACUCAUUAGAUUUAAUUUAUGUUGUUUUUGUCAGGGAUGUUCCAUGAGAAGUGGUUGAGGUUUGAAUAUUCAUCACUUGAGUGGUUCAGAGUCUUUUCUUUUGUCAUUGAUGUCCUUAUGGGGGCCACUCCAAGGCCACAGCGGCCAAGUUCAACAAAAGGUCAUUUCUAACAACACAAAAACCCCUCCAUCACUUUUAAAACCCGCAGUUUUAUCAGCACACAGCAUACUCCUGUCACACUAAAAAAAUAACCAGUUUUGGUUUCAAAUGGUGUCAUCAGGGUCUUAAAAAAAUGAUAACCCUCUUUGUUAGAAAAACCAAAUAUUCUUAUGCAAUACUAAAUCUGUUGUGUUUGGGUUGAUGCUGUACCUAAGUAAUAAUCUCUGUUUUGAUCCAAUGCUGUUUGGAUAUGCACAAGCCCACUACGACUAGUAAAACCUCAGUCUCCCAGCAAAACAAACCCAGUCUGGAAACACUGCUAGACAAUCCAGGUUAAAGAGGCCCAGUUUGUGGCCCAGGCAAGAGCAAGAAGACGAGGUGCGAAUGCUCAGGGAGGAAACAGGUAGACCGAAGAAGCAGCUCACAGAACACUUGGUUUUGUGAAUUAAUGAGGUCUUUAAAAUCUCUUCAAAGCACUCAUUAGAAAGGAGGAGCACACAGUGCAGCACUUACUGUUCAGAAAGAAUGGAAGAGACAGAUUUGGCUGAUUUUCUGUUAUUUAUUAGCAAAAAAACGUAAUUUUCUUUAAGCUCUUUUAAAAUGUUUGUUAAACAACUCAGUAUUUUCAAAGUCUACUACCAUGAGGUGAAAAUAUGUGUUUCAUUCAAGUCUAAAUGCUUGAACAGCAUGUAAUAUGUUCAAUAUAAACCAAGCAAUAUGCCUUGUGUUAGAAUUACGGGUCUCUACAGUUCAUCCUUUUGAAUUGACUUUCUUCAUCCAGCAGAUUCAGCUUACUCUCAGUCUAAGAAAGUAAUAAAGCCACAUUGCUCUGUUUUUACCUUUUGGUGUGGUUGUUAUAUUUGUAGGAUAGCAGCAAAUGCUCCUCAAAGACAUGGAUACUUGUGUCAUAAUAUAAACGGCGCCUGUAAAGUGAUGUCCCUCUGUAUGUUAUCACUUGAGAUAUCCCUCUUUAAGUAAGGGAUCGAUGCUAAGUGUGCAAUUCAAUCAGUGUAUAGUAUUCAGUAAACGUGCUGGUCCUUCUGUCUCUGCUCUGUUGUCUGUUUGUAUAAAGCAAUAGUAUGUGUGUGAAUGUGUUUGUUCUCACAGUGUGUGAAUAAAAUAAACCCCAGACAAGGCUUUAAUAAUUACAGAGGAACAGGGUUAUGUGGACAAGGGGGAACUGGUUUUCUUUUUGGACUUUUUUUUUUUUCCAGGGUUUUGGAAAGCUCAAUCCAUCCACACAUGAUAGGUGUAGGUUUAUAAAGUGUGACAUACUGCCUUCAACAAUUCACAGGUCUGCAGAAAGCUGUGAGGAAACAUUGAGCAAGCUUCACAGUGCUAAAACAGCCCAAUCAGAAUUGAAUUCUGGCCUCUAAAUUGUACAUUUUCUCGACCAUAAAUUGUGAAGACUGGAGCUAUGUCACGCUUAAAGUUGUGCUGAAGUGUCGGUGUGUUACCAAGAAUUCUGAGUCACAUUUUCACAUCCUCCAAAGCACAGCUGAUAAGGAUUUAUGACUUUAAAAUACAUUUAAGAAUAGUUUUUAAAAAAGCAACUUCUAGCCAUAAUCGAAUGUCAAGCAAUAAUAUAUGUCUGUGUAUUAUUUUUCCUGAUUCUUUUGUGCAUACUAGUCUCUGAACAUCUGCAUGUAAAUACACCUCUUAUUUAUCACUUUUUGUUUUAUUUUUUUGUUGUUGUUGAUUCUUCCGGGGAUAUUUUCAUCUGUAUAUUUGACGAGUUCUGUUCCCAGGAGGAGAACCAAGAACUUGACAUGGCCUGUAUGCUGUAUAUCUUAUUUUUCUCUCUCUUUCUCUCUCCCUCAUUCUCGGCUGUUUAUUCACCAUAUUUAAUGUUAUUAUUGAUCACGUGUAUAAAGGUAGCUUUGUAAUUUCUGUCUGUAUAGGUAAGAGGAAAAUACUGCUACUAAGGCCUACCCAGUGAAGAUAUUUAUCUGUUUAUCAAUUACACCUUAUUGUACAAUAACUCUGUUUCUAGUUUGCUUCCCUCUUUUAGGAUUAGUUUGAUAGAAAUAGGGUGUGCUGACAUUUAUUUUGUGUUGCCCUGAUGUGUGGUGCUAGGUAAGUUAAUUUUGUGAACAAAGUAUUGAUUCCUAAGCCUGGCCACCCUAUUAGUUCAUUCAUUUCAUCACAUAUUAAUGUAUUAUUGAUAUUAGGACUCAAUAAAUAAUAAUGAUAAUGAAAAAGAUAGUGGUAAAAUUUACCCAGCCAGUACCUGUAUCAGUGUGCUCGUCUUGGGAUAAGGCACUUAUUUCCUUCUGACUUAUAGCAAAGCUAGUAUCUGCUAAUUAACAAACUAUUUAAGGAUGCUUUUCGGGUUCGUGGAGAAAUGCUAAUAUUCAAACUGAAACAGCAGUAUUGUGUUUUUUCUUUGUCUGAUUGUAAAAAAAACACUCACUGAGGCUAUAGUUUGUCAGGUUUUAAGAUACUUAAUAUUUACCUCUCUUGUGUCUGCAUAGUUCUUCACCUGAUGCAGGGAAGUGGUGCUUGGAUUUACUUAAACAAAGCCUCGCUAUGCUUUUGUUAUCCUCUUGUUUUAGACCACCCUGAAAAUAAUUUCCUCAUAAACCUUUUUGCACCACAUGAAAUGUUACUAAUGUACAUGACAGAAUUGCCAUUUGAGGACAAAGUUGACCUUUUCUCUCCACUCUUGUAGCAAAUAUCAGUGAGAAUAUGCUUGCAAUAAUCUACAACGUAUCACACUGAGUGCCUCUCGGUGUAACAAGAUGCAUACAUGGUUCUGAUUGUCUUUUUUUGUGGUUUUUCCAGAUGUGUUCUGAAGUGACAAUGUAUUUUGUACAUGAGGAUAAAUUCUCACUCUCACAUGCUUUUUUCAGGUCUUUCUUUAUGUGAUGUUGAUCAUUUUCAUGUAGGUUAAUGCUUCAAUGUUUUGAUGGUCCGUUUUCAAGUGUACAUGUCACCUCUCACCUUAUUUGACAAACAUAACUGGGAAGAAGUAUGUUUUUAAUGUCAGUCCAAUAAAUGCUUGCAGAUAAUAUUACAGAAAAAUACUCCUGCACUUUUUUUGAUCAGGCAAAAACUUUCAGGCAAUCUACAUGUCUGUUUUUUUAUUUCAUUGAAGAACAGAUUUACUGAUGCAUUGUAUAUCAAGUAUUUGUAUGUGUUUGUAAAAGAUGCAAACAACACAUCUGGAUUUUUUUAAUGUUCUGUGUUCAAUGUACGCUCAGUCAGUUGGGGUAACAUGACAUGAAGGGUGGGUGGAGCAGGGGGUGGAUUCUUUGUUUUUAUUAUUUCAUGCAAAUGCCGUUCCAAUUAUGGGAAAAAGCCCCAAAACUAGCGUGUGGUUGUCACAAAUUUCUAAGUCAAAUGUUUGCUACUGAUGUUGAAAUGGGGACAGAUGAUCAUGUACCUUUUUAUCCAGCUCUUUUGAACUCUCUUUAGCAGGUAGUCUAUUCACAAACGUAGUUUUGCUCCUUCUUGUCUGAUUCUUAAAUAUGAAAAUAAGUAUUUUGAUUCAUUUUGUAAAUACAGCUGUAAAGAAAAAUAAGAAAUUUAAUGUUGUCUUUUAAAUACUUUUCAUUCUAAUAUGAAUGUUGUUAUAUUGUACUUAGAAACUGUACCUUUAAUAUUACCUUUAUUAAAAGUGCAUUGGACACAUCGAUUUUAGAUGUGCUUUAUGUGCUGUUAUCCCAUAAUAAAAUUU